AUGUUUAAAAAAAUUCAAAUAUCAACAUUACUACAAAUUGCGGGUGGAACUUUAGUUGUGGGAGGAUGUUUGUUGUGGUACUCACAGAAAAAUGUUCAAACCAAAGUACGUAAUUUGCCUCAUUAUAAAGAAAGUAUCGAUAUUAUAUCAAAACAUAAAAAGGCCUUAUCUCUUCUUGGAAGUCCAGUGCAACUUGGAAAUGUUGAUUUAUAUGAUAGGAAGAAUAAUUUUAUUGGAAAAGAUACAUCACAAUUACGUAUUCCUAUAUCGGGAACAUUUAACAGCGGAUUUAUAAAUAUUCAUGCACAAAGAUUUAUUUCAACAGACGAAGUAAAUAAGGAAGACGUUGGUACUGGACUGAAAGCCAUAGGCAAAGAUAACUUUAUAACAAAGUCAAUUGAAUUAGAAAUGGAAGAUCAAACUAUUUUGAUAUAUGAAAAAAAAUAA